AUGCACAAUGAGAUGAUUCGACGAGGUAUAGCUCCUAAUACUAUUACAUACAAUUCUUUGAUAGAUGGGUUUUGCAAGGAGAACCGCCUUGAUGAGGCAAACCAGAUGUUGGACGUGAUGGUUAGCAAAGAGUGUGAUUCUAAUACUGUGACGUUUAAUAUCCUUAUCAAUGGUUAUUGUAAGGCUAAGCGGGUUGACGAUGGUUUGGAACUCUUCCGCAAAAUGUCUUUGAGAGGAGUGGUUGCUAAUAGAGUUACUUAUAACACCCUUGUCCAAGGGUUUUGCCAAUCGGGAAAACUUGAGGUUGCCAAAGAACUCUUCCAAGAGAUGGUUUCUCGUCGUGUUCCUCCUAGUAUUGUGACUUACAAAAUUUUGCUGGUUGGGUUGUGUGACAAUGGGGAAAUAGAAAAAGCAUUGGAAAUAUUUGAAAAAAUACAGAAGAGAAAGAUGGAUCUUGAUAUUCGUAUCUAUAACAUUAUUAUUCAUCGGAUGUGCAAUGCUAGUAAGGUGGAUGAUGCUUGGGAUUUAUUCUGUAGUCUACCUCUUAGAGGAGUGAAGGCCGAUGUUAAGACAUACAACAUAAUGAUUGGAGGACUGUGUAAGAAAGGGUCACUGUCUGAAGCGGACCUGUUGUUUAGAAAAAUGGAAGAAGAGGAUGAGCAUGAGCCAGAUGGUUGUACAUACAACACACUAAUCCGAGCACAUCUCCGAGGUAGUGACAUAAAUACAUCAGCUGAACUCAUCGAAGAAAUGAAAAGGUGCAGGUUCGCUGCUGAUGCGUCCACUAUAAAAAUUGUUAUGGAUAUGUUAUCGGAUGGUAGAUUAAAGAAAAGCUUUUUGGAUAUGCUUUCUUAG